CUCCAGAGGCAAUUCGGCUCCAGGUUCCUGUAAGUGGCAAAACUCGAGGUUUAUCCAGCCGCAGUCUUGGCAGCAAUCAUGGCGCCUAAGAAGAGGAAGGGGGCGGCUCCCGUUAAGGCCCCCCUGCCUGCGUACAGCAUCGCAGCACAAGACCUCGAGAGGGCGAAGCAACUUCUCAGCAACGAGGAGGAGCUGAAGCGUCAGCGCUCCAAUCUCUCGUAUUGGUUGGACUCUGUUGGGGCCAAGGACGCCUACUCGGCCAAGGGGACCGAAGAAAAGAAGGCCUUCCUCACGCAGUGGUUCGCUGACAAACUGGUGAAGCUCGAGGGCCAGAACAAACUUUCUACGAUUCGCACAGCUGGCACCUUGAAAAAGAAGGAGGAGGACUUCGAGUGGAUGUCUAAGGAAACGAUGAUCGCUCGCCUUGGAGCGCGGAAAGCGCAGAGUAAGAUCGACUCAAAUACUCUCAACCACAGGCCUGAUCCAGACACAAAGUUAGAUGGUGAAUUCGACCGAGAAUAUAAAGUGUUCUUCUCGAAGGGCGGCGAGAGCGAGUACCACGACGACAAGAAGGACUUGAGCAACGAGCAGGCGCUCGAUACCGAGCAGGCGGCGAAGGAGGCGAAAGAUCACUUCGACUCGAUCGUUGCUAAUACAGCAGGGUCUUCAGCUUCAGGCGGAGCCGUCGCGCCAGGGCCUGAGGCAAGCGUGCCGCCCGUCACGAUCAAGUCUGAGUUUGGCGAGUUCCAACACACGGUGGACGCCUUCAAGAAGGACCCGCGGAAGGUCUGCUCGACCACAGCCAGCAUGCUGACCGACCUCAAGAAGAUCUGGACCGAGUGCAAAAACAACAAGUACGCCACGGCAGUGCACGAGGACGCGCAGAAGCUCAUCCCGAAGGUGAAACAGGUCCAUGGGAUCAUGGAGGGUAUGAUUGUGCAGAGCAACAUGCAGGACGACCACAUCUUGGCGAUGGCGCAGAAGCUGGACCCCCUGUUCACACAGUUCAACGACCUCAACGAGUGGUACACUAGGAUCUCGGGCGCCCCUCCCAAGGCGAAGAAGGUCAGGAAGUUGUAGGUGAUUCGAGGCAUGAGCUGCCGCUGUGCCAUUCACGCUGGCGAUCAGACCAGCAAGGAGCGGGAAGGCGCCCGACAGGAUUCCUGACAGUCAUUAUCGCCAUGACGACGUCGAAUUUACUAUCUGCGAGUUGUUAUCUUGCGUUCGGCCUAACUUGUUCACGAGGGCUUGCUGCUGACGGUUUGUGAGGAGAUAACACUCCUUGUUUGAUUUAGUAGCAGGCUACUGGUCACGGGCCCUCGCUAGCGCAUGCAUGGCAGAAACGUUCCAAGGCGCCGAUGGGGAGGCAUUUGAUACCAGAUGACAAAAAAAACACAAAAAACAUCGGCGCAAUCAAGAUGGCCAUCGUCCACCGCACGAACACC